AUGGGUCUACAGAUCUCCCCCACACAGGCGCUACCACAUGAAUACAACAUCUGGCAACAGCCCGAUCUGGAAAGAGGGUCAAUGUAUUCCAGAAAAGGAGGCAAUACCGAAGACAGUGUUGUUUUCCCUUUUGAAAUGAUCCUCAUGUCCCACCUCCUCAGUACUACGCCCAUCUUCUUCGACAGAUUACACGAUACCAGCAUACAGAAUCUGGUAGAGAAGUCUAACUUUAUCUAG